UUGUUAUCUGCCUCUAUAUAAUCCAAUAACCCUAGAAACCAGGGUUUGGAGCGUGCCGUUUCUGCAGAGUGAAGAAGCUCUCCAAAAAACGUCAAACAAAAAUGCCUAAGCAAAUUCAUGAGAUCAAGGACUUCCUUCUCACCGCCAGAAGGAAAGAUGCACGCUCUGUAAAAAUCAAGAAGAGCAAAGAUGUUGUCAAGUUCAAGGUCCGCUGCUCCAAGUACUUGUACACACUUUGUGUCUCUGAUGCUGAGAAGGCUGACAAGUUGAAGCAGUCUCUUCCUCCAGGUUUGAGCGUCCAAGACCUGUGAAAAUAUGACUUCUCCAAGUCUGUCACCCAAUUACAACUAGGCCAUGAAAGCUAGAUUUUGAUUUUUGGUUUAUUGAAUUCCAUGCCAUUUUGCAACAGUCAAGAGUUUCUGUAAUGGAUAUUUAUUUGGUGUUUUUAUGGAUGAUAGGAUGAUAUGCACUUUUUGACAGUUAAUGAAUGUUUUUUGUGCUUUUGUUUCUCUUA